AAAGGUAUUGGAUUAGAAGCGUUUAUAAUAUAAUGCAACAACAUUAGUGAGUAUUUGGAAGAAAUAGAGCAGAACCUGGAACAUGAUGCAUGGCGAACAAGCAUUUAGUAUGAAAUACAUAUUUCAAAGGAAAUUGCAUCCUCCUCGAUUUGGUUUAUGAAACGCACAUUUAUUUAAUCGCCAUUCAUUUUCUGCUGGUUGAAUUCACUCAACUCUUGACUUUUUCUUCUCCUGGCUUUGAUGACCAAAAGCCUCCCUGUCAUAUAGAGCCUACUGGUGGAAAGCUGUGCCGUGGUGUCCUAUUCGUUGUGAGAGACAUGGACAACAGACUGGGUCUGGGUGAUGAAGAGGAGGGAGAUGUGGAGACACUGUGGCACUCUUUGGACUGGCUGACGUCCUGUGUGAUGGUGGUUGGAGGGGCUCUGCCCUACGCCUCACAGUACCAGCAGAUCCUUCGGACCAAGAACACAGACGGCUUCUCUACACGCGUCUGCCUGGUUCUGCUGGUCGCUAACAUCCUCCGCAUCCUCUUCUGGCGAGUUUGGGAAGCAGUUUGAGGUGACUCUGCUCCUGCAGAGUGUGGUGAUGAUUCUCACCAUGCUGGUGAUUCUCAACCUCUGCUGCUCUGUACAGAACACCAACCGUAUCAGCACCAAACAGCACCACAUCACAGAUCUGGAAUCCCGGUUCUUUUGGAGCUGGGAUGGCUUUGAGGACUACCUCAUCUUCCUGUUGGCCUUCACGCUGCCCUGUGCCUUCGCCACCCUUCUCCUCCUGGACUCCUCUCUGUUUGUGGAGUCCCUGGGCUUCCUGGCCGUGCUGACGGAGGCCAUGCUGGGGCUACCACAGCUGCUCCAGAACCAACGCAAACACUCCACCACCGGCAUGAGUGUGAACAUGGUCCUACUGUGGAUGGCCGGGGACAGCUUCAAGACGGCCUACUUUGUCCUGAAGGAGAGCCCCCUCCAGUUCCUGUUGUGUGGGCUGACUCAGAGGGUGACUGGGCAAGAAAUCAAUAUUGGGUGUGUCAAGAACUGCAACGCUGCUGGAGUUUUCGUGCUGAACAGUUUGCUGUGUGUUUCAAGAACGGUCCACCACCCAAAGGACAUCCAGCCAACUUGACACAACUGUAGGAAGUAUUGGAGUCAACAUGGGGCCAGCAUCCCUGUGGAAGGCUUUCAA